CAUUCGUACAGAGCGUGCAAACUUCCACAUACAUCCAGCUAGAUACAGAGGCACAUACAAACACGCUGCGUUGUGUAUGUUUGUCUGUCUGUCUGUGGAAGACCGCACUGUGAUUCCCUCUCUGUAGCCGCACCGAGUACAUUGAUCUGCGUCUAUAUGUACACCGGGAUGCCCGUGGUUCCGACCACCCCGAGACCAGAAGCGGCGCCGACCCCUCUUCCUCCGUCUGACGAGAUAACCUCCAGCGCCCUGGGGGGCCCAUUCGGCAACUGUGUGAAAGGGGGUAUUUUCUUCAGGGUAUAAAACUGAGAAUCCAGAGGAAGAGAGGCUAAGAGCUUCACCUCAUUGCCUCAUUCUCCCUUUCAUGUGAACAUCCUGCAACAUUUCCUUCAUCCUGCCGCACCUCUCACCUGGCCAGCGCUGCCCAGAUCAUGUCCGCUAAGCUCCUGCCGGUUUUCUUCCUCCUCUCAGUGUUUCACGCCUGUUCUAGAAAGGUUGAAGAGGAUGAAUAUGAAGAUGGAACAACUAACCAAAAAUGGGUUUUAGCUCCAAAAACACAAGACACAGAUGUGACUCUCAUACUGAACAAGCUGUUGAGAGAGUAUGACAAAAAGCUACGGCCAGAUAUUGGAAUAAAACCAACAGUUAUUGAUGUUGACAUUUAUGUCAACAGCAUUGGUCCAGUAUCAUCAAUAAAUAUGGAAUAUCAAAUUGAUAUAUUUUUUGCCCAGACGUGGACAGAUAGCCGUCUUCGCUUCAACAGCACCAUGAAAAUACUGACUCUGAACAGCAACAUGGUUGGCUUGAUCUGGAUCCCAGACACGAUAUUUCGUAACUCGAAGACAGCGGAGGCUCACUGGAUCACCACCCCCAACCAGCUCCUCCGCAUAUGGAAUGAUGGCAAGAUCUUGUACACCCUCAGGCUUACCAUCAAUGCUGAGUGCCAGCUGCAGCUGCACAAUUUCCCAAUGGAUGAACAUUCAUGUCCUCUGAUAUUCUCUAGCUAUGGCUACCCUAAAGAGGAAAUGAUUUACAGGUGGAGGAAAAACUCAGUGGAGGCUGCUGACCAGAAAUCUUGGAGACUCUAUCAGUUUGACUUUAUGGGUCUCAGAAAUACUUCAGAAAUUGUGAAAACCUCUGCAGGUGAUUAUGUAGUCAUGACUAUAUACUUCGACUUAAGUAGAAGAAUGGGAUACUUUACUAUUCAAACAUACAUUCCCUGUAUAUUAACAGUUGUUCUUUCCUGGGUAUCCUUUUGGAUUAAAAAAGAUGCCACACCAGCAAGAACAGCAUUAGGCAUCACCACAGUAUUGACCAUGACAACUUUGAGUACCAUUGCAAGAAAGUCAUUACCCCGUGUCUCCUAUGUCACUGCUAUGGAUUUGUUUGUGACUGUAUGCUUUCUAUUUGUCUUUGCUGCUCUGAUGGAGUAUGCAACCCUCAACUACUACUCAAGUUGCAGGAAACCAAACUGUACUAAGAAGAAAAAGUCGCUACCUGAUGUCAGUUUUGGUCAUGUGAUGAAUUAUUCUGUACUUGAUAUGAGACCACCAACUACAGUCAUCACACUGAACAAUGCCAUGUACUGGCAAGAAUUUGAAGAUGCGUGUGUCUAUGAAUGUCUGGAUGGGAAAGACUGCCAGAGCUUUUUCUGUUGUUACGAAGAGUGUAAAUCAGGCUCAUGGAGGAGAGGACGGAUUCACAUAGACAUCUUAGAACUGGACUCUUACUCUAGGGUCUUUUUUCCUACAUCCUUCCUGCUGUUUAACCUGGUCUACUGGGUUGGAUACCUCUAUCUUUAAAUGUUGCCUGUAGUGAAGACUGCUGUUUUCACACUGUGGAGGGAUGGUGAAAGUGCAGAAAAAGUGAAGGACAUGGUCAGUUUCAUCUCAAAUUAUAAAGGCCACAUUAACCUUCACCAUCACAGAGCCUGAUGAAGAAUUUUAAUAUGUAAUUGCCUGAAAAAGAAAAACAUGGAAGAAUUCUCUCCUUACUGCUAUUCAUUUUAAGGAAAAGAUUCUUACAAAAUUCAGCUGAAUUUGUAGUGUAAGCGAUGUUUAUGAAUAAUUCUUGUAUAUUAGAAUCUCUACUAUUCUCCCUUGGCAUAGAAGCUAUACACAGUUCAGGCAAAGGUUAAAUAUGUCAUUUUUGGUUUUCAUUCCCAUACUUUCUUCAAAAUGCUGCCAUAUCCCUGAGGCUCAGAGCAACAUACGCUGGCACUGGCAAAUAAGCCAAAGCCGAUGAAACCACUCAUUUGUAUUUAAACUUGCUUGAGCUAUGUCCCACAGGUUUUGGAAAUAUUUCAUUGAUGAUCUCCUUGCUAUACAGAAACCACCAAAAGACAGUAAGAAAUGUCUCUGGUGGGAUCAAAACAUGGACGUUACUUUCUGCAAAGGUCUGGGAUUCAUGGAAUUAGCCAGUUAGUUACCUACACAUAUAGGUUUUAACUUAAGAUGAAAAGGCAGAGUUAUAAGAAAGCUAUUAUUUUGAUAUAAAAAAAAGACUUGCCUAUCUCUGAGGCAGCUGUAGGCAUAACUUCUACAGUUUUUCAAGCUUUUAACUGUCUUUUUUAUGACUGGUUAAACACAGGAUGGUCACUGAUUUCUAGAGUACUCUACUUGAAGCAGGACAUGAUUCCUUCUUGUUUAUGUCAUUGUAGCAGAUCAUAGUUGAUAGGCCAUGAGUAAAAAUCCCUAUAAAUAGCACUAAGAAUAUGUGACUUUCUUCAGAUUGCAAUUUACUAAAAAGUGCUUUCAUGCAUUCUUAUUUUUUCUCUCAAAGUUAUUUUACAAAAUUGAAAAACAUGUGUGCCAAAGGUCAUUUUCUGUUCCUUCCAUAAAGUCAAACACUGCAGUUCUUACUCACAGCAGUUGUUCCCUGAGUCUGAGCUGAAGACUGAACACUUUUGACUUGGAUAGUGCAUUACGGGAACUCAGUUGUCACACUUGAAUUAAACACGGAAUAGUUGCCACAUGUAGAAAAAACUUGUUUUCAUUUUUUUCCUAAACUACCAACUAUAUUUUACACUAAAAAGCUAUUUUGUACUUUUCAAGCUUUUGACCAUUAAAUUCUUAAACUACCUAUUUUUUCAAAAACUAGUGUUAAACUAGAUUACAUCUUUUACAGACUGUCUCAGUAAUUGUCGUUAAGGAAACAAAACAGAUUCAAAAUUAAAUAGCAAUGGCUUUUCACUAUCCUUUGGAUGACAAAUAGUUGCAAAAGAUCAAGGUUAAAAUGUGUCUAAAACCAAAAUUCUAUUCUUCUUCUCUUCUGGAGGACCUGAUAGUUUUUUUAUCAUCUCAAACAAUGUGUGUCUCUUCCACACAGUAUUUGAUAAAAAAUGAGUAGUAGAUGUGAUUGAAGAGCAGUUCUUUUUCUCCUCAGAAGGAAAAUCCUGCAAACAAGCAAAAACUAAUGCAAUGGUAAUUCUAAAGGAAAGGAAAUGCUGUCAUGUUCUUUGAAACAUCACUGUCUGUCAUUGCUGUUGCUCUGUGCUUCCACUGAGUUUUUAAUUGAAAAAAAUUACUAACACAGAAGCUAACUGUAGUUAUUCAAAAUACUUUCUUCUGUUUUUCACUUGCCUAAAAUAUCAGAGACAGAGCUUGGUUUACGUGGGGGAGGGAAAUAACUUCUCUAGGGACUGACAAAAUCCAAGUUAGAAGCACAGAGAAGAAAUAUUUUGGGGCAGGAUCAAAACCUUAUUUUUAGCAAAAUUUGCCCAGUCUGGUAUCUUCUAAACUCAUGAUAAGCUUCUGAUUUCAAAAUACAUGCUGAAGUUUUUGCUCACUCUCAGUAACAAAUUACUCUGUAAAAUCUAUUACUCCGUAAACCGCUGUGUCCUGCACUUGGAAGUAUGGAUUUUAUUUGGUGAGAGAUAUAUUUUCAGCAGUGCAAGAAGGUGAUUGCAUUGAAGUUGAAUAUCCUGCUUUCUAAUUAUGAAUUAAUCUACUCUAACAGCCACCUUCAGCCAUAUUUUGCAAGAAUACUAGAAAUAUUUCAAGCCUAUAUAAAAGAAUGGAAGCAAUUAUCCUUUUGGGGCCUGAUCCUGCAAACCCUCUGUACAAUCAAUUGAUUUUGGUGGGAGUAUUGAGACAGAUGAGGCACAAGAAGGUGCCUUCCACCAUUAGAUCUUGAACAGCUAAAGUGAGGUUUACCUAGCAAUUGCGUACUUAAGUGAAUGUUCUGGGAGUAAGUGUGGAAGUGGAACGUUCCCAUUUUAGAUGAUGAGCAUAUACUUUUCUUACACUUCUGCUCAUGGCUACCCAUUCCUGCUAAAAGCAUGCAAUCCCAUCAGAUCCUUCCUUGGAAGACUGAUUAUGCUAAGUCCAUUCAUAUUGCCUCUGUUUUCUGAGUGCUUUAAUAAACAGAAGUUGGAAGCAUAUAAUUCCACUUUUUUCCACCGUCCUAACCAAGAAAGAAUCUGCAGACACUACUGGCUUCCAGUCUUAUACUGACAGCAGAGGACAUAUUCUACUGUGUAAUACAUUCUACUCUGGGGUUAUGUGCAAAAAAUUGAUUUAUAUGCAAGGUGAGUGGCUGCAGGCUGGCAGGUUCCAGAAUGCAUUCCUCUGCUUAUUCCUAGUUGCUUGGUUUAGUCUCUCUGCUUCACUGCUCUGUGCUUUGGCAGCCACUGAAAAACCAUAGAGAUCAGGAAGAUAAGCUUUCUAGGCUCUGCAUCAUUCAAAAUGCAAUUAUUCUACACACCUAGAUAUAGGUCUCCAUAAAUCUAUGUGCCAUAUCCUUCUGUAGUAGCAAGACUAUCCUCAUUAACUUCCAGAUAUUCUUUUGCUUCCUUCGCAAAUUGAAAAAAACCUAACACUUCUGUGCACUGUCCCAUGAGAAAUUUAAAAACAACAUUUUAGAACAUUUUCUUAUCAGAUAAUUUCAUGUUCACGACUUGCAUUUAAUCAACUACUACUUUUUGUUAUUUAGUACUUCUUUUUGUACCCUUCCAAGGAAGGGAAGGGAACAGAGGAAGACAAAACCAAAUGACUAGUGAAAUGAACGCAUUUGGAUAUGUAUGUAAAACCACAAAAUCAAGUAUCUUCACAUUACAUUCCUUCCUUUUCGAAAUUACAGAAAAAAUUGUGAGGGUUUGUUUAGAUAACCAACUUUUCCCAGGAGGAUCUAAAGUCAAACCUCUUAUUCUCCUCCUUCAGUUAGAAGUUGAUGGACAGUGUUUUCCUGCAUUGAGGGCAGCAUUUUCAAGGCAAUUAAGAAUGUAUAAAAAUACUGGUCUGCUUAAUUCAGUCUUCUCAGUUCUUCUGGCCCUGAUGCCUAGCAUACUGACAGCUCCUUCUUUUACAGCCAAGAGUAAGUGUACAAGAACUUGCAUCCAGUUUAUGCUGUCUCCAUGUCCAGACCACACAAUUUUAAUGUAACUUUCUAAUCAAGAAGUAUGGCUGUAGAUUAAAACACCUCAGGCACUUUGAUAACCUUUCUUCUCUUUCAGAUGCUUAUUUUCUCUUUCAUCAGCUCUCAACUGUAUAUUGGUAUAUUGCACAUACCAAUAAAACCGAUAAAAAUUACAAGAGGAAGAAUCAAAAAAGCCAGAACUGUCUUCACAGAGACAGCGAUGAGUAGUGAAGCUAAAAGAGGAGGAAGAAAUUAUUUUUUAUUGCUGUGCAGUUUUCUGUCCCGCUACUCUUAUUCAAUUCUUCCCACCAACUGCCCACAGCUAAUUCCAAAUCAUCCACCUGGUGGUUUGCACAUUCAUCAGCUGGAACGGCAGUGACACAUGAGCCUUUAGCUGAUAGGAAAUCAUAUUUCUGGAACUGGAGGCAACCUGCCAAAUAACUCGGAGAGCUACCUCAAACACUUGCAGCCCUAAUGUGUCUCAGAGUCUAGCAUCUCAUGUUGCUGCAUGAAUUUAUCACAACUCACCUUACUUGGUAAUUUCAUGAAGGGAAAGGAUGCUUACCUCCUUUUUACACCAAAUUUCACCAUACAUCUAGAAAAAUUACUCUGUCCUGCUCCAAGCUACUAGGUGCAAGACAGCUCUGGAAAGACCAUAGUUGCUGUACUGCUGAUUUUGUGGGAAGGAAGACUCAAUAUUUUAAGACAGAUUUCACUAGCCUCACCAUCUGGAGGGUCGGUGUUACCUUCUAAGCUGUAAAACAAAGUGCCCACUGCAACUUGUCCAUAACAGACUGUACUUUUCCCAUUGGCUGCUCCCUCUGGGUUUCUAUAAAGUACUAAGAAAAGGCAAGCCAUAUUGCAUAAUUUUAACUGCCCACACAAUUAGAUGAUUUUUUUCACAAUAUAUUCUUCUUCUUCCUUAUAGUGAAAUAUUUGUGCCUCUUACAUUAGUGUGGCUUAGUGCUGUUAGCAUUUCUUGAUAUUGAAGGAUAUACUAUUCCUGGCCUGAGAGUUAGAAAGAGGGACAAUGACCUUGCUGGAGUUCUUCCUAAGCACCACAGUGUGUGACCAAUAUUCUAGAUGACUUCAACUGCACAUUGAGAAUUUGUCUGAUUUUUCUUUAUUUUUUUUAAGCAGUCUGUAGGUUUCUUAAUUCCUAAGUAGCAAGAAAACUGCAGUGGGAUUUCAGCAGUUUAGCAGAAUCCUUCCUUCUUCACUCAACAACUUAAUUCCACCAAGAGAUGCAAAGCAUAAACUCAAGGCUGAUGUUUACCUCAUCCAGGUCACUUCCCAGAAGACUGUUUAAAACAGGCAAAAAAAAAAAAAAAAAGGCCUUACUUCAAGACUCAGUGGCCUUAAUAGUUUUACCUUUUCCCCUGGCAUCCAUGGUUUCUCUGGAAAACAAACAGAGAAGCUACUUUCCUCACCAUUUAGGUCACUAUUUUAUAUGCUAAAAACAGACCUAUGUUUUAUAUCUAAAGUGAAAUGAUGUUUCAACAGAAAAAAUAAGCCCUGUUUGAACUGCAUUGCUUUGACAAGUUAAACAGCAAAUUUUUGUACACCAUACCUGUGGUGGAUAACUCAAAGAGAUAUGCUACCCUAUAACCCUGUCUAGGACUAAGUCCUGAAUUAGGGAUAAAUAUUGUUGUAAGCAUCCAAUUUACCUAGCAGCUGUUUCUUUAAAUAACUUUGGAUUGUGACUGACUUCAAGCACUUGGAUGGUGACCGCUGACAUUCCUCAAGGGAGAUAUCCAAGAUCUGUGUUGAUGUGCUCCUGUCUACAAACUUUACUUUCUCUUAUUUUUUCUCAUUUGUGGUGGGUCCUCAAGUCAGUGUUUGUAUGCAUCUGGAGUCCUCAAGGGUUUUCCUAGAAUAUAUGUGAAAUUAGACAAUAAAAUUCAUCAUGAAGUUCAGUGCCUCAGAGUUGGGACACCUGAGAAUUCUAUACUUGAUAUCAAAACAUGCAUUUUGAUCUUCUAAUCAUUUCCUAUUUAUGAAGGACAAAGUAAGACAGCAGAAGACAUGUGGUUAUGUUUAUUCAUAUGUCUGGACUGGCUUUCUCAAGGACUGAACCAGGCAAACCAGGCACUGAUACAGUGAGUUAUUUGCCAUGUAUUCUUUUAUCUAGGUAAUGAAUGACACUAAACAGAGGAGCCACAACAGCCUGUUUAGUGUCAUGGAAGCACUCGGGUAACUCAGCUUUACUUGGAGGCCUAAGCCAGCCUGUAGAGCUUCUUAUAGGGGAACCCAGGUGCUCCCUUUAGUGUUUAAUACAGCACUUAGUAAUCUCCUAAUGUCUCUUUACCUUCUUGGAGCCUAUGGCAGUGCUUGGGAGAGAUGAAGCUGUACUGACACAAGGUAUUAUAAAAUAUGAAGAAUGAAAUAUCCACAGUGAAGGUGGUGAUGGCUUGUUAUUGAGACUGUGUUAUGAUUACAAGUUUUAAAGAAAAGGCCUGUAGGUCUGAGUCAAAAACUUCCUCCAUCAAUCAAGAUCAUUGACCAGAAGAGGGGGUUAAGUUAAAAUAUUCUUACAAGCAAACAGGAAGAGCUUUGGAUCAUAUUCGGACAGGGUUGACUAGCCAUUGACUGGCUUCAAAGCUUGUGGAGAGCAGAUUUGUAACUUAAGUACUUAAAGUUAGAUUUGUGAUUUACGUACUUAAAGUGAGGCCUAAAACAGGUAAAUGCCAAAAUUUCUAAAUUGCACGUUAAUAGAAAAUGGAUGAAGAGAACAAUAUUGAUGACAUAUUUUUAAAAAACUGCUGACAAAUGAAUAUGGAACAGAGCAUGCUGCAGAGUCCAUUCCAUACUUACAGACCACAUGGGAUCCUUAAAAUGUGAGCUGCUGUUGAACUCAUGGAAAGCUGGUAAAAUAAUUGCAUCUGACACUAUUACACAGGCAGACCAGGGAAGUAUGGCACUGCCAGACAGCACUCUGAAGGAAACAAAAUUUCAGAAUAAGCUUCCACCAAAAAGCAUUCCUCUGAACAACAGUGGGAAACCUCGUGCAGAGAGAUUACAGUAUCAGUCCCCCAUACUCUCUUUUGUAGUCAUUAAGGAGUCCUGUGACUUUAUUGUCAUCCACAGUCACAUGCAAUACCAAUCAUAAAUCAUGGAUCAACAUGUGGCUGUCACAAGUAGGAUCGCUAGGCUGGAGGGAAUCUGAGCCCAGUCUAUGGCUAUCACAGGCAGUCAUCAAACACCUCAUAUAAUCCUGUUUUAAACUCUCAAUAUACUGGUCUCAAAACAUUUUUUCCCAGCAUGACAACAUAUGGAUUUUUUUUUAAUUUCAAGUGAGUGCAAUUUUAGGAAUCACAUAAAAACUGCCAACUAUGUGCCAAAUUGAACUUUCUUAUAGAACACAAAUAAAAUUUUAGAUUUCUAAUUAUCCUUCCUUCCUAAGUUUUUCUUAGGGGUGUGUGAUUUCUUUGCUAGCAGUGCAGCUUGUGGCGUCAUAGUGAAAUGAAAGUACAAUUAUGUGCCCAAUGUGCCUUGAAUAAUACAGGUAGCACUAGUACCAGUAUGUCCUUCUAAGUUAGAUAGCCAUCCUAGUGAUCCCCCAGACUGACCUAACCAGAAAAGUCAAACACCUGUGUGCUUCAUCUCCUCAAGUUCUCAGACAAUGACUUUCCCUUAUCAACCACAUCCAUCCCAGUUUACUUUGUGUUAAGGAGUAGGGCUGUGCGUCUAGAAUACUAUUUAUAUUCGUAUUUUGAUCCCAACAUUUGUAUUUCUGGAUACAAAUAAAUACACAUUAUCAGAAAAUGAAA